AUGCUUCUGAAAGAUGUGGUGUCGUGGACUGUUAUGAUCAAGGCGUAUAAUGAAGCUGGAAAGCACGACGACGCAUUAAUUAUGUUUGAAAGAAUGAGAGGUGAACGAGUGGUGCCUAAUCGGGUCACUAUGGUGAAUGCUUUGGCCGCUUGUGCAGGUUUUGGAGGUUUGGAGAUGGGCGUUUGGAUUCACGAGUUUAUAGAGAGGAGCGGAUGGGAAUUGGACGUGAUCUUGGGGACUUCUUUGAUCGAUAUGUAUGGAAAGUGUGGGAGAAUUGAGUCGGGGCUGCUUGUUUUCGAUAAAAUGGGAGAGAAGAAUUUGUUCACAUGGAAUGCAGUUAUCAAAGGGCUAGCCUUAGCCAAGAAUGGCAAAGAAGCAGUGAGUUGGUUCCUAAGGAUGGAACAAGAAGGGUUUAAUCCUGAUGAGGUGACUUUAAUCGCGGUGCUUUGUGCAUGCGUGCAUUCUGGUUUAGUCCACGUUGGUCGACAAGUAUUUUCUUUAUUGAUCACUGGGAAAUACGGGUUUUCACCUAGUGUCAAGCAUUAUGCUUGUAUGGUUGAUCUUUUGGCACGAGCGGGUUUUUUAGAAGAAGCUCUAAGGAUGAGUAGAGGAAUGCCGUUUGAGCCUACUAAGAGUAUUUGGGGAGCUCUUCUUGCUGGUGGUAGAGCAAAUGGAAGCCUGGAAAUAAGUGAGCUUGCAGCGCAUAAGCUCGUGGAGUUGGAGCCUGGGAAUUCAGCUUAUUAUAUUGUGUUGGCUAAUUUGUAUGCAGAAAUGGGAAGAUGGAAUGAUAUGGAGAAGGUUCGUGAAUUGAUGAAAGAACGAGGAUUUAAGAAGGAUUUGGGUAGAAGCACGAUCGAAGCUGAACAUCAAGACGACAAACUUCACAAUUUGUUAGCCUGACAGAUUUGUUUACUCUUUCUUUCGGAGCAAAGGAACAAACUAUUGUGAACAUCCAAUGCAAUGGCAGAUAAUCGGGUUCUGAACUUUUAACUGAUUAACAUUCAUGGCAUAUCGUUUUAUCUAGCUUCUAUUCAACCAGGAACGAACCUGCAAGGCAUUUUGAGGGAACGACAUUUGACAAAAAUCACGUAUCGCUUUAUUCAUGAGCCCCUUUCAUUGACAAUCUGUAGCCAACCUGGAUAAAGGAAAUGGUCCAUAGGCUCGCGUAUCGCUUUCCACUUCGCUAAUAACUAGCGAAGUUCGUGGGUGGGUUGACAGUAUCAAACCUGAACUUGGAAUUUGAUUUUCCAUAUGUUUCCAUCCCACACAGAUGCAUCUAACAAAGAAGGCAAUAGUAGACACAUUUUACAUGCAUACACAUAUAUAUAUUUGUUGUUGUGGAUUGACCAGUUUGAGACUGUUGGGUUAAUUUACACUCGGAUAUUUACAAAAUGGUGAUCCAAUAAACAGGCAGGAAAAA